UCUCAUCCAUUAUUCCCUUCAAGAAGAGACAUAAAUUACAAGCAGAGCCCAGCAGAUAUUUAUAUAUAUGGGAAACCCCAUCAGCCGCACACUGUUCAUUCAUAAAAAACGAUUAGCUGGUGUAUUUGAGACGCUUCAUUGCUGAAGGUGUAAACAUAUCAAUACUUUCCGCCCUCUUCUUUUCAUUAGUUACUAUUAAAAGUGCACAUGAAUGAAAUUUUCCCUUCGGCAAAGCUGCAAAGCAUCCUAACUUACAGAUGCGUGUCUUCAAACGCCAUAGCAAUAAUGUAGGUUUAUUAUUUUUAAAGGAAGGGUUAACUAAUGGUUCUGAAAGGUUCGUGGUCCGGCCCCGUCGUGAAUCAAUGGGACUUGACCUAUAGCUGAAGACUAAUUCAUUCAACAUUCCCCCACCCUGAUGAUUAUAAAUAUCAAGGACAGACUUCACAGUCUUCACUCUUGAUCUUUCCUCUGAGACUCAACAGCUGAAGAGGACGUCUGACACUAUGAAAGAUUUAAGGACUCUUGCGGCGUACGCACUUGCGCUGUUACUUCUGGCAACAUUCGUGUCCCAUUCCUGGAGUGCGCCCAAGGGCAGUUUUCAGCGUCGGAAUUGGACACCCCAAGCCAUGUUAUAUUUGAAAGGAACACAGGGGCGGCGCUUUGUGUCAGAAGACAGAAAUGAAGGGGACUUGUAUGACACAAUACGCUUGGAGUCACGCAGCCAAAACACAGAAAACCUGAGCAUGUCUAAAGCGGCUGCAUUUCUGUUAAAUGUUCUCCAGCAAGCCAGAGACCAGGGUGAGCCUUACUGAAACCAGCUAAAAGAGCUCGAACAACUCACUCUUGCAUCUGAAUCAUGUGGAAUGUAAUGUUUUCAAGUUCACCCUCAGCUACGAUGAUGCCUGUGUUUAACUUCUCUGAAGGUUCAUCAUUUAAUGUUCAACACUAUUACAGUAACACUCGAGUAAUGUGGAGUUAUGUUAUGUUUCCAGAUUGUUUGCAUCAUUCCACGUGGACUUGGACUGAUAAUUUAAGUAACACAAGGAAUAGUGCAAAGACUGAUUUUAAGGCAUUUUAAUUUCUUUUUGUUUUAUUUCAGGUGAAAUAAUGGAUUGUUUUUUCAAGACAUAUCAUCUUGGAAAAGAGACUAUUUAUGAUGAUUGAAAUUCUGUACAGAC